GAGGUCAAGCCAAGAUGACUCUUAACAAAAUCCUCCGCAAGUUUGUUCAGGCCGCAUUCUUUCUAAUUCCUGUCUUUUGACUCGAUUCCCCGGUGUAAACCCAGCUGUCUUCCUUGACGGAAAAUUGGGACGAGUCAUUAGACGGGUUUACUCUAAUUACUUUAUCUCCAUAAAUUGUCGACCUCCUCUACUCCUCCCCUUCAUUUUACCUUGACCUCAAAAUGUGCGGCAUUCUAGCAGUCCACGGCCUCGAGAAUCCCGGAGCCGACCGUGCGAGACUCAUCGCUUGUUCCAAGAAAAUUCGCCAUCGUGGACCUGAUUGGUCAGGAUGUUAUGUCGGAAACCAGGCUGUCCUUGUUCAUGAACGUUUGGCCAUUGUCGGUGUCGACACUGGUGCUCAGCCGCUUGUGAGCACCGACGGAAAGAUCACACUUGCAGUCAAUGGCGAGAUUUAUAACCACAUGAAGCUGAAAGCCGGCUUGAAGAAGCCCUAUCAAUUCAAGACACAUUCGGAUUGCGAAGUCAUCAUCCCGCUGUAUCUCGAACAUGACAAAGGUCUCUGUGACCUGCUUGACGGAAUGUUCUCCUUCGUCCUGCUAGACGAAUCCGUCUCUCCCUCUCGUAUUAUUGCUGCACGCGACCCCAUCGGAAUCACUACGCUCUACCAAGGUUGGGAUUCAAAACGACCAGGCGCCACAUUCUUCGCCUCAGAGCUCAAGGCUAUCAUCGACGAAUGCGACAAAAUCAUUUCCUUCCCUCCUGGCCACGUCUAUGACAGCCAGGAUCAGUCAACCGUACGGUACUUCCAGCCCAGUUGGUGGGAUGGUGACCUCGAGGGCCCCUCCGCUGUUAUUCCGACAAAACCAGCGGAUCUCAAACUCCUUCGGGAGUCAUUGGAGGCUGCAGUCCGCAAGCGGUUGAUGUCCGAGGUUCCUUAUGGUGUUCUUUUGAGUGGUGGUCUUGAUAGUAGUCUGAUCGCUGCAAUUGCUGCACGCGAGACGGAGAAAGUCGCUCAAGCGCAGGCUGAGGCUCGUAGGAAAAAGCUUCUGGACGCAAAGAAUGGUUCGGUUUCCCUUUCACUUGACGAUAUCAACGAAUACGCCACCAUUGCCUCAUGGCCGCAAUUGCACUCCUUCUCGAUCGGUUUGGAGAACUCUCCUGAUUUGUUGGCAGCACGCAAGGCCGCGGACUUCCUCAGUACAGUUCAUCACGAAUAUGUCUUCACCGUUCAAGAAGGUCUCGACGCUAUCCCCGACGUUAUUUAUCAUCUUGAGACUUACGAUGUCACCACGGUCCGCGCAAGUACGCCAAUGUACCUUCUCGCCCGGAAGAUCAAGGCUAUGGGUGUGAAGAUGGUUCUCAGUGGUGAGGGAAGUGACGAGAUCUUUGGAGGAUACCUGUAUUUCCAUGCCGCACCUGAUCCCAGGUCGUUCCACCAAGAGUGUGUACGACGAGUCAAAAACCUCCAUACUUCAGACUGUCUUCGUGCCAACAAGUCAACAAUGGCUUGGGGUCUCGAAGCUCGUGUGCCUUUCCUCGACAAGGCGUUCCUCGAGAUUUCUAUGAACAUUGAUCCCAAGGAGAAGAUGUUCAACAAGGGUGCACUCCAAGAAACUGAUCCCGAUGGUCGUCCAAAGAUGGAGAAGUACAUCCUUCGAAAAGCCUUCGAUUGUGCACCGGAUGGCAAGCCAUACCUUCCCGACUCUAUUUUAUGGCGUCAAAAGGAGCAGUUCUCUGAUGGUGUGGGUUAUUCAUGGAUAGACGGUAUCAAAGAUCAUGCUGCAUCCGUUGUUUCUGAUGAGGCCCUUGCUAAGAGUGCAGAGCGGUGGCCCAGGGAUACCCCAGAUACCAAGGAAGCAUACUACAUCCGCGAACUUUUCGAUGGUCUCUUCCCUACGGAGACAGCUGCGGAAACGGCCGUUAGAUGGAUUCCACGAGGAGACUGGGGUUGUGCAUCAGAUCCCAGCGGUCGUAGCGUCAGCAUACACAAUGCUGCAUAUGGGACGACCCCGUGAAGACGGGAAGGAAAGCAAAUGCAGAUUGUGGAAGAGGAUAGCUCAUAGCCUGUAAUACAACUUUAGAAUCUACGAAAAAGAGAAAUAGACAUGGCAACUAGACAACGAGUGUGCGGGGGACGAAUGUUCAUGCAUGAUUGCCCAGAAAACAUAACAUGAAUUGUACGAGG